GUCGCCUUUCACAGUUGUCUUCACAAUAUACGUACACGGAAACUGACUCGCGACAGCAAUGAGCAGCAACUUGGUAAUGGUUCUGUUUGGCGCGUGUCUGCUCGUGCUACACGUACCUUACGCUGCUGCUCAAGGUAUUCCCGCAAUCUUUUUUAGGCCAGUGGGUGGUGACGAUGGUGCUCAAGAGAUAGAUAUCCCCGAAUUCUCUUUUGGGUCAGUGGGUGGCGGCGAUGGUGCUCAAGACAUAGAUAUCCCCGAAUUCUCUUUUGGGUCAGUGGGUGGCAACGAUGGUGAGAUAGUUAUCCCCGAAUUCAUUCCUGGGACAGUGGAUGGCGACGAUGUUGAGUUGGGAGGCGACCUGCCUAUUGGAAUCGGGCCAGUCGUCGAAACGAGCAGCGAGAGCAGCAAUUCUACAGAACAGCCGACAACCGAAACCGAGGCCGAGACGGAGGCCUCUACCACCGAACAAGAAUCCCGUGUGGGCAAAGGCAACUCGAGGCACAUCGCAAACUCAAGGACUGCAUCUCACGCCAAAGCCAGGACAGCUGCUAAAGCCAGGACAAUAGCCAAAGCCAGGACAGCUGCCAAAGCCAGAACAGCUGCCAAGAAGGCAGGCAGAGCAGUGCACAAGGCGUGAUCACAACUUCAACCUGGAUUCUGCGACUCUAUGAAAGCAACUAAUAAAUGAUUAACUUGUGUUGUGUAUUCUGAUUUGGCUUUUGAAGUAAAAAUCUUGUUCAACGGAAGAAA